CUAUUCCCUGUUCCUAUUAUUAUGCGAAGCCCCUAAUUGCGCAUAAAAGAGUGGCGUUUUUUUUCUUAAAGGGAGCCACGAGAAAAGAGGAUAAAUUCUGCAACACGGUAGACACACAUAUUAUCCUAAGCCUAAUAAUUGGUUUUAAUUUACAAAUUGCGAUUGCAUCGUUUUUCAAGAGAUCUCACAAGUGUAUCUCUCUCUCAUUCUUCUACAAAAUGGCGCAAGAAGUCGAAGAAACUAUGAAACGGAUUCAAUCUCACAAGGGAGUAGUUGGAACAAUAGUGGUAAAUGCAGAAGGUAUUCCAAUAAAAUCAACAUUAGACAACACUACGACAGUUCAGUAUGCAGGUUUGAUAAGUCAAUUAUCAGAUAAAGCCCGCUCUGUUGUACGCGAUCUAGAUCCGACCAAUGAUUUAACUUUCCUGCGCAUCCGUAGCAAAAAGCAUGAAAUUAUGGUCGCACCAGACAAGGAAUUUAUAUUGAUAGUGAUUCAAAAUCCAGUUGAUUGAUAUCUAAAGGAUGAUGACAAUGCAGAAGUACAUUGCAAAAUUCUUAUUCUCUUUAUUCUCUUAGUAAUUUUAUCGAUUAAUAAUUAACUUAUUCCACACGUAUUACGUUUGAUCUUAACAAUUACUCAAUUAAGGAAUGAAAGAAUAAAACUUGAUUAUUGGUAUAAU